GCACUUUCCCCCCUUCUCCGCCUGUAAAUUGAAUGAAUGCAGAGAGGGAGGAACUUCAUCAAAGCCAUUCGUAGAAGCUUUUUCGCUCCCAUUUCUCAGAUGGAUCAAUCCACGCGUUACCGUUACAGCCCAACUUUGAAAUGGAACCCUAUGGUUGAAGAAUACUUCAGUAAAGCAUACGGAGCUGAACAUUUCUCUCGUAUUUCUACUUCACUCACGCGCCCAUCAUGUUACUCUUGCAUCCGGGUGAAUACGCUCAAAUCGACAAGUGAUGCUGUUAUGGAGAAGCUUUUGGAAAUUUUUAAGGAAAGAGGAAUGCUUGAUGUCGCAGUUCAAGAAUCUAUUAUUACACAGAAGCCAGAUAAUUGUUGUAAGGCAACCUUAGAAUGCACUGGAAGUGCAGAAUCUCUUAAGGCCAUCGAAAGUAUUUCAAAGUGUCAAUUUCCUGGCAUGGACUAUGUAGUUUUUGUUAAAGGUUCAGGACCACAUGCUAUUCAUUAUGGGUACAAUGAAGGCAAACCUCUUAAGGAGGUAAUUGUCAGCCGAAAGUGUGCGGAGGCAGUUCUUCGUGGUGCCCAAGUUUAUGUGCCUGGUGUUUUGGCAUGCAGUGCUCAUGUCGAAAGAGGUGAUGCAGUUGCAGUUUCAGUUGCUUUGGAACAGUCUGCUCCGGAUGGUGGAUGGGGUGUUGCAAUGACACGUGGCACUGUUCUACAAGGAUCACAAACAGAUCCUUAUUAUUUUGAAAGAGAUGGCUUCUACAUUGGCCAAGGAACAGCAAUGAUGUCAAGAGCUGGGUUAUUUCGUGUAUCUGAAGGAGUUGCGGUGGAUAUGAAGGAAAGAGUAUUUAGACUGCCCUCCUUUUAUGAUUUGCUUGAGGGUGAGAUUUUUCUUCAGAACCUGCCAAGCAUAAUAACUGCACACGCCUUAGAUCCUCAACCAGGAGAGAGAGUAUUGGACCUGUGUGCAGCUCCAGGGGGCAAAACCACAGCAAUAGCAAUCCUUAUGAAGGACAAAGGGGAGGUUGUUGCUGUUGACAGAUCUCAUAAUAAGGUGCUUGGAAUUCAGAAAUUGGCGGCUGAAAUGGGUUUAAGUUGUAUAACUACAUAUAAGCUUGACGCACUGAAGUCUGUUUGUGAUGGAGCUGAAUCUGAUAAUUUGCCUAACGCAUGCUGUAGUGAGGAUGUUCAAAACAUGCAAAAAUCAGAUUUAUUAUCCACUGAUAUAGAUGGAUCUGAUGAAAAGUUACUAUCUCAAAAGAAUUUCAAUGACUUGCAGCUGAAGGAUGGUCAGUACACUAGCAAAGCUGAACUGCGGAAACGUAUCAGGAAACUCAAAAAUGGGCCAGGAAGAAAUCACACUGCAGGUGGGAGGGUUGAAAAGUCUAAAGGUUUUUCUCCCAAUAGCUUUGAUCGUGUGCUCCUUGAUGCUCCUUGCUCUGCAUUAGGUUUAAGACCUCGUCUCUUUGCUGGAGAGGAGACAAUUGAUUCGUUGAGGAGUCAUGCCAAAUAUCAGAGACGAAUGUUUGACCAGGCUGUACAGCUUGUUCGCCCAGGUGGAGUUAUUGUCUAUUCCACGUGCAGCUCAGUGGGUGUCUACAAUGGAGGAGUUCGGUGGCGUGAAGAAGGAGACGGUGGUCUCCAUGUUUUUCUUCUUUUUUUCCUUUUUUCUUUCUGAUGUGUCCUUCAGUGAUUGGUGAUUUUCUCCAUAUCAUCGGCGUGUGAUCCACACAUUUUAUAUCUUUAGUUUAUUGUUUGCAAGGUGUUUAAUAGGUACAAUUUUAAUAGAGAUCAAGUGCCUAAUAAGUACAAGUCUUAGUAUAAGUGUCUAGGUGGAAAUAUGAGACAAGUUUGAGGGGAUCUGUAUGUAUUCAACCUUUCUUUAUUUUCAUUCUUUUAACACUUUUAAACUUCCAUUCACCAUUCUCAUGCAUGUUUUUGAUACUUUUCUUUUCCUCUUGGCUCUUUAAUCACUUCACACCCUGUAACUUCAUCAUUUAAAGCAUAAUUAAUCAAUUAAUUCCAACAAACAGAGCAUAAAACUCUAUCAAAACACUAGAAAAAUUAGUUGAAAUGCUAACUUAUCAAACAUCAACUACUACUUCCUCCCUCCCAAUUUAUUUGACACUCUUUCCAAUUUAGGACAUCCAAAGAUGUUUGACACUAUUCCAUUUCUAUGCAAUUUUUUACAAUUUUCAAGAAUUUGAAUUCGUUAACUUGUUCAGAUUUUCUGUAAAUUUGAAAGACUGCACCUCCUUGGUGCAGUUGUUAUAUAUACAAAAUUUGUUACCUUCUCCAAAAAAAAAAAAAAAUUGUUCAGAUUUUAGGACUUCAGCGUGAUAUUUUCUCCAUCGAAAUCUAACUUUGCAGCCAUUACUUUAAUAUUUUCUUUCUCUACCACUAUAUAAUAUACAAGUCAAAAAUUAACAUUUUAAACUCCAUUUGCAGUCAUUGGAAGGGGAGCCUUAGCUUAACUAAAGUUGCUGCCAUGUGACCAAGAGGUCACGGGUUCAAGCUGUGGAAACAGCCUCUUGCAGAAAUGCAGGUUAAGGCUGCGUACAAUAGACCUUUGUGGUCCGGCCCUUCCCCGGACCUCGCGCAUAGCGGGAGUUUAGUGCACCGGGUUGCCCCUUUUAAACUCCAUUUGCAGUCAAAUACCGCCAUAUAAAAUGGAUUGGAAAGACCAUUAGUAUAUAUCGUUUGAAUUCUUGAAUGAAAAGUUUGCACUUAUUGAAAGGGUUCCAAGAAAACUGGGAUGGAUCACGGAUAUAAAAGAAUGAUGACCAAGUAAAUAAGGACGGAGGUGUUAGUAACCCUUAGACAACUUGUCCUAAUUUUAAAAAAAAACCUUCCACAGACUUGACAGCUAUUCCGAAUGGGGCAAUUGUACUUGGUAGUUGUCUCAUUUUGUUAGCCAUAGAAAGUCCAUACUUUUUUUGGUCAAAUAAAUUUUUUAUUCAACCAAGUAAAGAUUUAUACACAGCUAACUCUUUUGGACUCAAGAGUUAGUUCUCUAGGAAGAUUAAAACUAUACUCUAAUUCUAUCUAUGCAGGGUAACAAUUCAAUCUAUCUAAUAUACUCUUCCAUUUACAAUUUCUCUGCCCUUUAACAUGUAACUGUAUAACUAUUUCCUUCACCCUCUGCCUAGCCUCUUGCUUCCUUUGUUGAAAUCUUCUUGCAUUUCUCUCUGCCCAGAUAUGAUACACAGUUGCUGCAAAGAGAAAUCCUAGAAUAUGAGCCCUUGGUCUGUUGUUGAUCCUGCUUGCUACCCAAGUGACUUCCUCCUGCCAAGUGCCAAUGUUCCUUCUUAUUCCCAACCAGCCUAGGAGAGUAUUCCACACCUGAUGUGAAUAAGGACAGUCUAAUAGGAUAUGCUCCUAGGUUUCCUCUGUGUCAGAUUCACACAGUACACACUCUUUUUCAACCUGUAUUCCCCAUCUCUCUAACCUGUCAACAGUAGAUAGCCUGUGCUGGAUUGCUAACCAGAGAAUGAAUUGAUGCCUGGGAAUAAUACUUUGCACCAAAACUGUUUUCUUCCAAUCUACUUUCUGAAACUGAGGAGUGAAGAAUUGAUAUGCUUUCUUAAUGCUGAACUUUCCCUGUAUUUCAAAGCUUUUUAACAGUACCUCAGGGUCACCAUGAUUCACUAGCCAGCUCUUUGCUUCCAAUAUCUUCCUAACUAGCCAACAAGCUUGGUUAGGAAUAGGAAUUUGCACUAGAUCUCUCUGCUUUAUAUAGAAACAGUGGAUCCAUUUUACCCAUAGGCUAUCCUUUUUUUGAGUAACAGCCCAUAGAAGCUUACAGAUUGCUGAUUUGUUCCAUCUAUAGAAUUCCAGAAUAUUUAAUCCUCCAGCAGACCUAGGCAUGCACAGUUUUUCCCAAGCUACUAGCGCUUUUCUGGAAACCUCAUUUGUACCUGUCCAUAGGAAUGUUCUCAUACAUUUGUUACCAUAGCGAUGAUCUUUUUUGGCAGUAGAAAGAUUUGAGCCCAGUAAGUCUGCAUCUCAAAUAAUACACUUUUAAUCGGUUGCAGUCUCCCACUGUAAGAUAGAAAUUUAGUAGACCAGCAUCUAAUCUUUGCAAUCAUCUUUUCUACUAGUGGCAAACAUUGGUGUAUUUUGAGUUUCCUUGAAGAUAGUGGUACUCCUAGGUAUCUAAAUGGCAUUUCCCCAGCAGAGAAGCCCAUCUCCUGAAUGAUCUGGUGCUUGAAUUCACUGGACACCCCUGCUACAUAGAGUGAACUUUAUCAAUAUUGGCUUUAAGCCCAGAAACUCCAGACAAGUGAUUAAAUGCCUGUAACAUUAACUGGAUGGAGAUUCUAUCUGCCCUGCAGCACAUUAGCAAAUCAUCCGCAAAACAAAUGUGUACUAGAUCCAACUUUGAGCAUCUGGGAUGGUAGUUGAAAUCAGGGUUUUGUUUCAAGUUCUUCAGGGAUCUAUUCAAAUACUCCAUAGCCAGGACAAAUAGGUAAGGGGACAUUGGAUCCCCCUAUCUUAGUCCGUUUUUUGCCUGAAACCUUGUGGUCAAUCCACCAUUAAUCAAUAGUGAAUAGCUGACAGUUGAAACACAAGCCAUGAUCCAGUUGACCAUCUUCAAAGGGAAACCAAAUUCAAGCAACACCAUCUGUAGGAAUCCCCACUCCACUGAGUCAUAAGCCUUAUGUUUAUUUUGACAAUACAUCUAGGUGACACCCCUUUCCUAGAGUAUCCUUUGACCAAUUCAUGGGCUAUUAUUACAUUGUCCAGAAUACUUCUCCCCUCAAUAAAGGCUGAUUGAGAUGGACCUACAAUGAGAUCCACUACUCUCUUCAAUCUAGUAGUCAAGAUUUUAGCAAUUAGCUUGUAUAGAGUUGAACAACAAGCUAUUGAUCUAAAUUCUUUGACCAUAGUAGGAGCUGAAACUUUAGGUACCAGUGUCAGAGUGGUACAAUUAAUCUCUUUUAGAAGUUGUCCAUUUUCAAAAAACUGUAGUAUUGCUGUUAUUACCUUUGCUCCAAUAGUAUCCCAGUAUGCUUUUAAAAAACUCAGCUGGGAAGCCAUCUAUGCCUGGAGCUUUGUCAUUUGGUAGUUCCUUGAGAGCCUGUAUCACAUCCUCCCUAGUCACAGGUUUAACCAGGUCCUGUUGCUGUGCUGCAGAUAGACAAGGUCCAUUUCUUGCUACAGCUAUGUCAAUACAAGGUAGCUCUGUUGCAGAGGUGCCUAAUAAACUCUUGAAGAAUGUGAUGAAUUCCUGUUGGACUGACUUUGGAUCAGUGAUUAAAACUCCCUGUUCAUUCUGAAUGGAAGAAAUUCUGUUUCUACCCUGUCUAGCUUUCAUGUGAGCAUGAAAGAAUUUGGUAUUUGAGUCACCAGAGGAGAUCCAUGUAGCCCUGGAUUUCUGUUUGAGGACUCUUUCAUGAAUGACAUCCCAUUUUUCCAUCUCCAUCAAUGUCUCUUUUUCCUCAUUUAUAAGCCUGCUAUUGAAUAAGUCUUCUGCAAGAUUGUCUUGGAUAUCACCUAGCUUUUGUUUCAGAUUAAGCAAUCUGCAUUCUAAUGAGGAGUAUUCUUUAUUCAAAUGCUUAGCUUCUAACUCCACCAAUUUCAGUUUCUGCCAUAUACAUACAGUGACCUCUGAUAUUCUGCUGCCACACAUUUUGGACAAUUAUCUUGAAUGCUUCUUGUUGUAGCAGAACAUUGAGAAGUCUGAAGGGGCUUUUCAGGUAUUGUCUAGCAACUACAGUGUUGAUCACUAUAGGAGAAUGAUCUGAGCACUCAGGGUUGAGAUAAUUGGCUUCAAUACUGCUGUUGUCUGUAACCACUCAGCAUUACCAAACACCAAUCAAUAUGGUUGUAUAUCCUGUCAGGGACAUCUUGUUUAUUACACCAAGAGAAUUGCCAGCCUUUCCUAGUCACUUGUCCCACCCCCAAAUCAGUAAUGCAAUUUUGGAAGUCAAUUGUUUCAGUAGGAUGGACUAGUACCGCAUUGACUCUAUCAUCACUAUGUAGAAGAGUAUUGAAAUCUCCCAAUAUGAUCCAAGGGCCAUUUAUAGUUCCUUUUAGUCUUCUUAACUGUUCCCACAAUGGUUUCUCUUCAGUGAUAGUAUUAUACCCAUAGAUAUAGGUUAAUUCACAAUUAAACUGAGAUAACCUAUCCACAAUAUGACAGUGAAUCAACUGGCAGAACUAGAGAGGAUAGUCACUGCAACUGUUGCUCUUCUCCAGCCAAUCCAAAUCCUUCCAUUAGGUGCAUGAGCACAAUCUGUAUAAAAAUCCCAUUCCACCCCAAAUCUCCUAGUAACUUUUGUAACUUUAUGUUGUUUUACUCGUAGUCUCUUUAAAUUUCCCAGCUGUCUGGGGAGUUGUAUUAAUUGGAAGAAGUGUACAAGAGGGGGACUAGACCUUACCUCCAACAAUACAACAAUAGGAUAAAACGUUAUCCUACAAAAAUCAGGGUAGUGGUGGGCAAGAAUAACCAUACCCUGCGAAUCGAUAAUGUGAUUUAGCUAACAAAAGAAUUGGCCUUGUCGAACCUUGAUCUUAAGCUUGGCAUCUGCCCAGUGUUUUGGAGAGCGAGAAGCGGAAAAAAGCGAGGAGGCCUCGCUUCACCGAAGUACGAAAUUUUUUUCAGAUUACAGAGUAUUUCAAAAAGUGAAGCGAAGCACGCGCUUUUUUCAUGUGAAGCGCAAUAUAACACAUAAAUAGAAAAAAUUAAAUAGGCAUAGAUAAAUGACCAAGAACUCAAUAAAAAUAACAUUUUAAGCAAAUGUUUCAAUUAUAAAUUAAGAAGUAAAUAACAGAUACUAAAACUAGAUAGUCAUUAAUCCUCAAAAAGUCAACAUAUUAAGCAAAUGCAAAACCAAAUCACAAAAGGAACUGUUAAAACAUGGCAUAACAGUGACCAGCAGAAAACAGAGCAGUGAACAGCAAACAGCAGAAAUU